AGACAAGAAAAUGCCUCUUCUGGAGUCACAGUGGAUGUUUAAUUAGCUUUGUGGUUUUACCUUAUACCUGCAUAAUUGAAUAUUUUUAAAUGGGAGGGCAGGGCAGGCAGAUCGGGGGUCUAGCACUGGUUCUGAUUGGUGUUUUAGGAGUGUGUCUGACAUGUGGACUGCCAAUGUGGCGUGAGACGUCUUUUGUUGGAGCAAAUAUUGUGACAGCUCAAUCGGUGUGGGAUGGUCUGUGGUUACACUGUAUUGUUCAGGCCACAGGUCAGAUGCAGUGCAAGAGACACACAACAUCCAUCACUAUGACCUCUGACAUCCAGGCUGGACGUGCCCUCACACUGAUUUCCAUCAUCGCCGGCCUCCUCGGCUUCAUUGUCACCCUCCUCGGAGGAGGCGUAGUCAACUGUAGUGGCGCUCCACCUGAUCCUUUAGAGCCUCCGACCAACUCUUCCUCCAGAAAAAAGGUGUGUCUGCUGGGUGGAGCUCUGUGUAUCCUGGCCGGCAUCCUCUGCCUGGUAUCAGUCAGCUGGUCGGCAGCAGCAACCAUCUCAAUCUACAAUGACCCCUUUGUGACGGCAGCCCUGAAGAGAGAGGUGGGCUCCUCCAUAUACAUAGGCUGGGUUGCCUCUGUGUUGCUCCUGCUCGGCGGCGCUCUGAUCUGCUUCGUCUGUGGGGAGAAGGAGAGACCACCACCCUCAAACUACUCCUACAUGCCAUACAGCACCAACGCUCUAUACAGCGACUCUGCAUCCCACAUGGCCACUCUGAGGUCUGAUGUUAUAGGACCAAACACCUCGAGGAUGUUAGACCGUCAUACGCCAAGCAGGAUGUUAGAGCACGUAGCCCAAGUACAUGAACAUAAUCAAGCUCAGAGCGGGCCGUAUAAUCAGCCGCAGCGGACACAAGCAGCAUCUGAGCAGGGGACGUAUGGCCGUAAUCCGUCAAACAGAUCAGGGACACCAGACAAGGGGAAGGGCUUAGUUUUGGAAAUGAAUCCAUAUCUGGUGCGUGACAUUCCCAGCAGGACCACGACUGUGCCCAGUGAAUAUUAUUAUAAUACGGCCUAAAUCUGGAUGGAUCACUGGUCUGAGAAUGACUGAACACAGAAAUCACUCAACUGUGGUCGCUGAUUGUCUCUGUUGACAUGUAAAU